AUGGCACAUGUUGAGAAGGUUUCAUUCUACGGCCCUCUCGUGCAUAACCUCGACCCAGAAUCUCAAGCAGUUAGAAACUCGUCAACAAGCAGCACCAUGGAUGGGCCCCAAGGAGACACGUACCUUCCUCCUGGCAGUGCCAGACUUUUGUCAGAAGAAGAAUCCACUCUAGUCCUAAUUCCCACCCCAACCUCAGACCCUAAUGACCCCUUGAAUUGGAACCUAACCCGAAAAUGCGUCAACACUAUGUUCGUGCUUGCUGUCACUGUGGCAGUCUUCGCUGCAAUGACUAUGCAGAUGAUAUUCUGGCAGCAAAUGACGGUCGAGCUGGAUAUGACCUACGACGAACUCAACGCAGGUGUUUCUUUCAAUGUCGUCGGACUCGCCCUCGGAUGCCUUUGCAUCAUUCCCUUCACAAAGAAGUACGGUCGACGAUCCACAUAUAUCUUAUCGACCGCUAUAAUGGCUGCAACAUCCUGGUGGAGCAGCCGAUUGCGUACGGUUCCCGAGAUGUAUAUCACGAACCUACUCUACGGCUUGGCUGGAUCAACAAACGAGACCAUAGCCGAGAUGACGAUUGCAGAUCUCUUUUUCGUUCAUCAGCGAGGCCUAGCAAACGGCUUUUACAUCACCGCCGUCAUGAUCGGGAAUUUUCUCGCCCCCACACUCGCCGGUCUCCAAGCAGCUUCGAUGGGUUGGCGAUGGGCCUACUACACUGUCGGGAUCUUCCUGACGCUUUUGUGUCUCUUGUUUUUGUUUUUCUUCGAAGAGACGAAGUAUGUGCCCAUCUCUGUUGGAUCCUCAACCACUGAAACUCCAGAUUUGGAGGAAAUAGCGAAUAAACUACACGAAACGAAGUGUGGCUCAGCCGCAGCAAACUCUGCCAGCGAUAUUAAACCUUUCGAGACACAUCCCAUUCAAGACAUCGAACGAGCCGAGCAGUCGACCCCGCUGCCCAAUACGUACUGUCAACGUAUGCGUUUGUCCACAACAACGGACGAACCACUGGUCUCCAGCUACAUUGCGCCUUUCAAGAUGGCCCUCUUUCCGCACGUACUCUUCUCAGCAAUCCAAUGUGCCAAUGCGGUGGCAUUUCUGGUCGCGCUGACAAGCUUAAACUCCAUCGUUUUCGCUGCUCCACCAUACAACUUCAACACAGCUGGAGUAGGUCUCAUGCUCAUCGGCCCAUUCGUUGGCAACAUGAUCGGCAGUCUGUACGGCGGGAUAUUUGGUGACUACGUUGUUGUCAGGCUCGCGCGUAAGAACCGGGGUAUCUUUGAGCCUGAAAUGAGACUCUACGUACUCCUGCUACCUGCGUUGAUCAUGGGCGCCGGAAUGAUAAUAUUUGGUGUUACGGCAGAUUUGGGGAUGCACUGGAUAUAUCCGAGUAUCGGUGGUGCUUGUUUUGCUUUCGGCAUGAGCUCCAUGAUGGACGUUAGUUUCACGAUCAUCAUUGACACCUAUAAAGCCGUGAGUCACUCUAAGUAA